AUGGCCAAGAGCAAGAGCACCCGCGAUACUUCUUCCAUGGAUACCGAUUCCCAGGCUGGCGAUGGCGCGUCUGCGGACUCGUCGACGCGUGCGCGACCACAACGCGCACGACAGCCCCCUAAACGUUAUCAACACACACCCGAACCUGAAAUCGUCGACGUCGCUGGUGAAGACUCGCAGCCUUCUGAGAUCGCCGGUGACGCUCUUCAGCCUGCACCUGCGCGACCGAAGAAGAACCAAGCCUCCGCUUCCACUACCAAGAGAUCCCGCAAGAAAGCCGUAGUUGAUUCGGACGAUGAAGUCAACGAUCCGCCAAGGGUAUCUCCACCACCAGAGUCUCGUUCUCGUACCGCAGAGUCCGACCCCGCCGAGGACGACCUCAGUGUAGGCCGUCCGAGUCCUCUGCAUUCACCGGCCGCUGGUUCUUCCAAGAGGAAGUUGACAUUUGCACGCAAGCGCAAGACUGUGGACUCGGAUGAGGAGAGAGACGCGUACCUAGCUCGUGGGACUCGCGCACGGUCCGAGUCCGAUGUAGAGGACAACUUCAUAGUGGACUCUCCUCCGCCACUGAAGAGGAAGAAGUCUCUACCACCGGUGAAGGUCCGGGGCGGGAAGGGCAAAGAUAAGGAAAUUGUUCUUGGAAAGGACGAGCGGAUGGCUCGUUCUGUUUCUCGCGACGAGGGCACGCCUAUGGACGUCGAGACAACCCCUUCUGCAUCACCUGCACCCAUUACCACUGGAGCCGCUCCGCCAAUGCCACAAUUCAAGAAGAAGCUUCCCUCCAUGCGAAAGACUAGCUCCGUCGCGGGCUCAAGUGCUGGGAACGGCACACCUGCACGAUCGCGUCCCAAAGCCGCAGAUCCACCCGUGGCAGAGGAAGCUGACACCUCUCUGGACUUCAAGAAGCCAAAGAAGGUGGCCGCCAAGCAGGAGCUUAAUCUGAUGGACAAAAGUACCUAUGCCUCCUUGUUUAAGAGUGGCUCGGCACCUCGGGGAGGCGUUGACGUCAAGAGCAAGGAGGAGAAACGCGCGGCGAUGAAUAAGUUACGUGACGAGGAUUGCGCGCGACGUGAAGCCCAAUGGAGUAAUACAUUCGACCUGCGCGCCCAAUAUGAGAAGGUGACGGGGUUUGCGAAGAAGAUGGAGGCGCGGAAAGGGCCUUCCAUAUAUCCCAACAUCCUGGCAUCGUCCCUACGCAUGGAGUUCGAUAGAAGGCGCAAGCAGGGUUGA